UGAGCGACUUCGGACCAUUUGCGCCGCAUCAACCAGACAUAGGCCCUUGAAAGCUCGCUUAUGAGACGAAUCUCUCGACAAGUCCGUUUUGCCUCUUGUCUAGGAUGCCGAGAUUGUGCCCCUGCUACUCCGUAGUCGGGAAGUGUUCAUAGAACAGACUCAUUCACCGGGCCGGCCUCUGGCCAUAUCAACGCACCCAAUCAGUCGUUGUCCAUCGCCAGAUUCCCGUCCCCAAUCCAUCAUACACAUACUAGGAUCCCCUAGACCAGCUGCAGCGCACUUCAUCCUCCUCGUUCCAGGGGUCACGCGCACGCUCUACCCCCGCUGAGAGAUCCCAUCAAUUCCCUGUCCGGGCAACCCGUACGACGUCAGUAUUGCGCCCAUGUCCUCCAGUCAAAUUCAAAGUCCUUGGCGAACCCCUGCUCUAUCCUCAAAGUUGAUGCCGGUCACACGUGCAAUUCAAAGGUCUUGUCAGUCAGUCACCAGAGCACAACCGGUCCGGCCAAGCAAUCGUUUGUAAUGCAAUCUUCCCAUCUUUUCUCCAAUUCAUCAUUAGUAUCAACAUCAUCGUAAAGCAAACAAUUGGCUUUUGAGAAAUACACUAAAGCACCGUCAACAACAUCUACCACUUACACACGGCAACAGACCAACAACCUUUCAGGAUGCUCUCCUUCGUCAACUACACUCCUCGACCUCACCCCGAGCACAAGAACAAGGAACAUUGCCGGGUUCACUCUAACCCAUCAAACAUUCCUCGCGAUAUCUCCAGCAAUACUCCAGCCACCGACCCCAAGUCUGCCAUCCCACGAUCUGCCGCUCCUCCUGCUCCAGCAGCCUGAGUGAGUUGACCACAUAGUUCAAUGCUUGCACAACAUAUGUCUUCAUGAAAUUCAACGUCUGAGGAUACCCGAGGAGUAAAAUGGUGUUUGUUUGGUAAAUCAAUUGGUCGUAAUAGGGUGGACAAAAUGGGUUAAUUGAGUUGAAAUUACGAUUCUCACAAUGCAACUAGCUACAGAGAACUGUCAUGAAUCAAAAAGGGAAUGUGUACUGCAGGGGGAAAAUACAUUAGCUAUCCGGGUAGCUGGUAUGGCCAAUUGAUACACUAUUUAAAAUCUAAGAUACAGUUGCUUGGUUGCUCCAUGCCCUAUUCAUCACCA